AUGAAACUCACGCACAAAGACUACAAGGUCGCAUGGAUCUGCGCUUUGCCGCUGGAAAUGGCAGCCGCAAAGGCCAUGCUGGAUGAGGUGCACGAUUCACUGUCUCAGCCAGCAACUGAUUAUAACGCCUACACCCUUGGCACGAUUGCUUGUCUACCAGCUGCUGCAACCGUGUUGUCCCAUAUGCUGCCCACAUUUCCCUGUCUCCGGUUCGCGUUGAUGGUGGGCAUUGGAGGCGGAGUUCCCAGCAAGGACGCCGAUAUCCGCCUCGGUGAUGUGGUGGUCAGUCUGCCAUCUGCGAUGUAUCCGGGUGUGAUCCAGUAUGACUACGGGAAGACCCUUCACGAUAGACAGUUUCACCAAACAGGCUCACUUAAUAAGCCCCCGCAAUUCUUGUUGACAGCAAUAUCUCAAAUUCGCAGCAACGGCAUGAUAAGGAAUAUGAAAUUGAUAGACGCCAUAUCUGAUAUCCUGGAGAGGCAUGGCGAUAUGCAACAGAACUUUUCGCGACCAAGUGACGACUGGCUGUUCGCUCCAUCCUACAGCCAUUCAACCAGCAACUCUGACUGUUUGGCUUGUGAUCAGAGUCAACUGGUGGAGCGCGCACCCCGACCAACAGAAGAGCCUGAUAUCCAUUAUGGACUGAUUGCCUCUGGAAACCAAGUCAUGAAGGAUGCUAAAACAAGAGACUCGAUCGCGCAGCCAUUUGGCAUCUUGUGUUUUGAAAUGGAAGCUGCAGGGAUUAUGGACCAGCUUCCAUGUCUGGUCAUUCGCGGGAUUUGUGAUUACUGCGACUCUCAUAAACACAAACAGUGGCAAGGAUACGCAGCCCUGGUUGCCGCUGCAUAUGCAAGAACGGUCCUCCUGCAAGUCCCACUGCAUGAUAGAAACACCGAUGAAGUACGACAUUCUGGCCAUUGGAUGGUCCCAUUCGACCAAAAUGCAAGAUUCAUGGGCCGAGAGGACAUAAUCGUUAGGCUUGAUCAGUGGCUCACACAACGAAACCGACCGAGCAAAUUGGCCAUACAUGGACUGGGCGGAGUUGGAAAGACUCAAAUAGCGUUGGAAGUGGCUUAUCGCAUGCGAGACACAUAUCCCAACCUUUCGAUUUUCUGGAUUCCAUGUACCAGCUAUGAGAGUGUCGAACAAGCUUACAUGAAUGUGGCUCAAAAAUUCGGGAUGUCUGGCAUGAAGCCAGAGGAAGUUAAAGAGGGUAUCCGUAACUAUUUGAGCCAGGACAGCGCUGGAGAGUGGCUUUUAAUCUUUGACAAUGCCGAUGAUCUUGACAUGUGGAUGAACGAUAGCGACACUGGUCCAGCAUUGAAGAAGUUUAUUCCUCGAAGCCAGCAAGGCCAUAUCCUCUUCACAACUCGCAACCGGGCUCUAGCCCUGAAAUUAGCCUCUAACCUCAUCCCAAUUUUGGAGCCUGAUCAGGAUACAAGCUUGUCAAUGCUCGGGAGCUUAAUUGACAGCGAUCUGCUUGUCGAAAAGGAUGCUGCUAUCAGGCUUCUGGAACAACUCGCCUAUCUCCCACUAGCAAUCACGCAAGCUGCAUCUUAUAUCCAAGAAAAUGAGAUUAGCAUCCCCAAAUAUCUUCAACUCUUGGAGGGAAACGAGUCCGAGACUAUAGAGCUCUUAAGUGAAGAUUUUGAGGAUGAAGGGCGAUAUGACACAAUCCAAAACCCUCCCGUUUCUGAGAAUGAGGGGAUCAAAGCCAUUGGUCUUCUCAAAGCCUAUUCCUUUGUUAGUGAACAGUCUGAAGGUGUGUUUCUAGCUCUCCAUCGACUUAACAAUGACAUGUUUCGCAUGCAAUUCUCAAAUGUUUUCCCAACCGACGAUCAUUUCAAUCGCACCUUAUGGCGGGAAUAUCUACCACAUGUUCUUGCUCUGAUUGAUGAAGAUGACUUUCUUGAAAAACAGCAUGAAAUUGGAAACUGUCUUUUUCAAGAUGGCAGGCAUAAAGAAGCAGAAAGGCUGGCCCUCCAGGUGUUACACAUCAACCAGUGGGUCCUAGGGCCUGAGCAUCUUGAGACCCUGAGAAGUGGCCGAUUGACAGAAGCGGAGGGGCUCGAAGUCCAAAGUUUGAAGACCCGCAGAGGAAUAUUAGGAUCGAAACAUCCUGAGACUCUGAGAAGCAUGGACACUCUUGCAUUAAUAUACUGCAACCAAGGCCGGCUGAGAGACGCAGAGGAACUUGGAGUCCAGGUACUAGAGGCCCGCGGAGAGAUACUGGGAUUCAAGCAUCAUGAGACUUUGAGAACUAUGGCCAGUCUUGCAGUCACAUAUUGGAAUCAAGGCCGGUUGGUGGAAGCAGAAGAGCUCGGAAUCCAGGCUCUAGAAGGCUGUAGAGAUAUACUAGGGUUUAAACAUCCUGAUACACUGUUUAGUAUGGCCAAUCUUUCAGUAACAUACUGGAACCAGGGCCGAUUGACGGAAGCAGAAGAGCUUGGAGUCCAGGUUCUAGAGGCCCGCAGGGAAAUACUAGGAUCCAAUCAUCCAGAGACUCUGAGAAGUAUGGCCAAUCUUGCAGUGACAUACUGGGAUCAGGGCCGGCUAACAGAAGCAGAAGAGCUUAGAGUCCAGGUGCUAGAGCUCCGCAAGCAGAUACUAGGAUUGUAUCAUCCUGAGACUCUGAGAACUAUGGCCAAUGUUGCAGUUCUAGAACUUCGCAAGCGGAUCAUAGGGCCUGAGCAUCCGGAGACUCUGGCAAGUAUGAACAAUCUUGCCAUUAUCUUGCAUUAUUUGGGAAAGACGAGUGACGCCUUAGCAAUGAUGGAACAAUGCGUUCACCUGCGCAACAAAGUCUUGGGACACCAGCACCCACACACCAUAUUCUCCACUCAGACCCUCAAUGAUUGGAUAGCAGCGAGCAACGCCUUGCUAAAUCUGCCCUUAUCAGCAGCUGACGAAGAGUAA